UUGCCUUCAGGGGGCGUGGCUUCCCCGCCGGCUUCUCCUCCGGCCACCGGGGGGCGCGAACCCCGCCCCGCCGCUCCCGUGAGCGACAGGCGCGCCGCCCAACCAGCGCGGCCGCUCCGCCACGGCUGGCGGCCGACCAAUGGGGUGAGGCGGAGUCCGCCCGUGGCUCGCCGCGAUUGGACGCGGGCCGCGGUAUAAAAGGAGGCGGGCCCGCCCUCCGGCCUUUCUUUCCCGGAGCCCUCGUGGAGGCCUCAGCUCGUCUUUAAACCCGCCGGGCGAUCCUUGGAGCACCGCCGCGAUGCCCAGGGAAGACAGGGCUACGUGGAAGUCCAACUACUUCAUGAAAAUCAUCCAACUGCUGGAUGAUUACCCGAAAUGCUUCGUUGUGGGAGCGGACAACGUGGGAUCCAAGCAGAUGCAGCAAAUCCGGAUGUCGCUGCGCGGGAAGGCCGUGGUGCUGAUGGGGAAGAACACCAUGAUGCGCAAAGCUAUCCGCGGGCACCUGGAGAACAACCCUGCCUUGGAAAAGCUGCUGCCUCACAUCCGUGGGAACGUGGGCUUUGUUUUCACCAAGGAGGAUCUGACUGAGAUCCGGGACAUGCUGCUGGCCAACAAGGUGCCAGCAGCUGCCCGUGCUGGUGCGAUUGCUCCUUGUGACGUGACUGUGCCAGCCCAGAACACCGGUCUCGGACCUGAGAAGACCUCCUUUUUCCAGGCCUUGGGAAUCACCACGAAGAUUUCCAGAGGAACCAUUGAAAUUCUGAGCGAUGUGCAGCUCAUCAAGACUGGAGACAAAGUGGGUGCCAGCGAAGCCACCCUGCUGAACAUGCUGAACAUCUCCCCGUUCUCCUUCGGGUUGGUGAUCCAGCAGGUCUUUGACAAUGGCAGCAUUUACAAUCCUGAAGUGCUGGACAUCACCGAGGAUACCUUGCACAAGCGUUUCCUGGAGGGCGUUCGUAACGUUGCCAGCGUCUGCCUGCAAAUUGGGUACCCGACCAUUGCUUCUGUGCCCCACUCCAUCAUCAACGGGUACAAGCGGGUCCUGGCCGUGGCGGUGGAGACCGACUACACCUUCCCGCUGGCCGAAAAGGUGAAGGCCUUCCUGGCAGACCCCUCGGCUUUCGUGGUGGCCGCCCCGGCGGCAGCCGAAACGGCCGCACCCGCCGCAGCCACCGCCGCCGCGCCGGCCAAGGAGGCGGCCAAGGAGGAGUCGGAGGAGUCGGACGAGGACAUGGGCUUCGGCCUCUUCGACUAGCGGCGGGCGCGGGGCGCGAAUAAAGGCUCUUGGACCCUG